AAUAUAUGCAAGGUAAGAUUGGGAGCGUACAAGUGGGGGUUUUUUUGUUGGGUAGCUGUUGUCUGGCGCAUCCCUAUUUUGAAUCCUACAUUCUUCUCUCUCUCCAGGUCUCCUUGUUCACACUUCUCACCGCUUACCUCCUUCCUCUUCUAUAUAUUUCCCAUUUCAAAAGCCUAUCCCCCUUGCGUUUUUCUUUUCAGACUGGUCCCUUCAGUUUUCCCGCACUUUCCUUUGCCUUUCUUCUGAUUUUCUUCAAAGUCAAGUCAGUUUUUUUUAUCAGCUACUGCUGCUGGCCUUGGACCAAUGGCGGCGACGACAUCCAGGGCGAGAGCGGAGCUCCAGCUCCCCAAGAAAUGGAAGGAGAGGGAGACCAGUCCAGAGAGAACCAAAGUGUGGACAGAGCCCAACAGGAGAAAAGUCUCUGUUGUUUACUACCUCUCCAGAAACGGCCAGCUCGAGCACCCUCAUUUCAUGGAGGUCCCUCUUUCCUCUUCCGACGGUCUCUUUCUCCGAGAUGUUAUCAACCGGUUGAAUGUUCUCCGGGGCAAUGGCAUGGCAGGCAUGUACUGUUGGUCUGCAAAACGGAGCUACAAGAACGGAUUUGUGUGGCACGAUUUGGCCGAGAACGAUUUCAUCUACCCAGCGCAUGGACAAGAGUACGUUCUCAAAGGAUCGGAGCUUCUCGAGGGGUCUCCCAAACCGAAAUCCAACGAAACGAUGUCAUCCAGCUUCAGAAAACCGCCGGAAACGCACAAGUCCAGCGACGAUUCCGACUUUCCGGUGGUUGUGCGGAGGCGGAACCAAUCAUGGAGCUCAAUUGAUCUUCACGAGUAUAAAGUUUACAAGGCCGAGUCCACUGGUGAGUCUACCGGUAAGGCCGCCGCAGACGCGUCGACUCAAACCGAUGACAAGAGAAGACGAAGGAGAAUGAUCAGAGAAGAAGAAAUAGAACCCAAAACCGAAGAGCAAGAACCGUAUCAGAACCACAGCACAGAGCUGAGCAGAGAAGAGAUUUCACCCCCACCGUCCGAUUCUAGCCCCGAAACCCUAGAAUCACUGAUGAAAGCGGACGGACGGCUGAUAUUAGGGGCGGGGGGUGGAAAUCAAGAUCAGACGGCUAGUAUGAGCAACCCUAGCGUGGGAAGGAUGAAGGCGUCCUCGGUUCUGAUGCAGUUGAUAUCCUGCGGGUCGAUGUCGUUCAAGGACUGUGGGCCUACGAUUGUCAAAGAUCAAGGGUUGGCAUUGAUUUCCCAGUACAAAGCAAGGUUGCCCCGCGGAGCAGCGAAUCAGGAGACAUCAAUGGAGAACCCUAGAUAUGGAGGGGUAAGCUUGGAAGAUAAAGAGUACUUCAGUGGGAGUUUGAUUGAGACUAAGAAAGACCAAUUCCCAGCUUUGAAAAGAUCAUCCUCUUACAAUGCAGAUGGGAGCUCGCAACUGGAAAUGGGUGACAAAGAGGUUGAUGGGGUGCGGGCUAAAUGCAUACCAAGAAGGUCCAAGACUUUAUCGGCAAAGAAAGAGAGCAACGCUGAAAUCUCUUGCAGCACUAGUCAACAUGGUAGCAAAAGACUAGAGGGCUCAACCCUGAGUUAAAAUUUCAAAAUGGGCUUGGGUGCAUUGUAAUAUUUACUCAAUACUUUUUGAAAUUGGAAAGUGGGAGGAAAAGGAGGCAGCGAAAUAUGCGGUGGUGAAUGGCGGUCACGGCACGGCAGUGUGGUGCAUUGGAGGGGUGGGGGGAAGUGAAAAUGGGGAAUCGGACAAGGGAGCCCUUUUGUUGAAGCUUGGGCCUUGGGUGUUUGGGAGGUUAUUUUUUGCAUUAAUUUCGGUAAUUGUAGUUGACUAAUUGUAUCUUGAGUUUUGACUUGUAUAACGUUUGGGGGAGACGACGGAAAUAGAAUUUUGUCCCUGGUGUUUGGCAUGUCCCUGCACCUUGUACCUCAAA